CCUAAAAUUAUAAAACAAAAAAUCUCCUAUUUCCCCAAUUAACCCGACCCUUUUUACUUAUCGGUUCACCGAAGAUUCACUCCGAGAAAGCAAUUUGCUCCCUCAGAGAAACAAACAACCAUGGAUUUUGACGAGAUCGAGUAUCUGGAGAAGACCGUCGAAGAAGCGGAGGGUGGAGACGGGAGCGCCAAGAAGAGCAAGCGCGAAGGCGCGGAGAAGACCGAGCGGAGUUACAGAAAGCGGGAUACCGCCGACGAGGACGCGACGGCGAGCCGGAAGAGAUCGAGAGGCGGCGACGAUGAGAAGAACGGGAGGGAGAAGGAUCGACACCGCAGCGACAGGGACAGAGAUAGAGAGAAGGAUAGAGAUAAGGAGAAGGAGAGGAGGGAAAGGAGGGAUAAGGGGCGAGAGGAAGGAAGGGACAAGAGGGAGAGGAGUAGAAGCGAGAGCAAGAGCAGGAGGGAAAGAAGCCGAAGCAGGAGCAAUUCAAGGAGGGAAAGAAGCAGGAGUCGGUACAGUGAUCGGGAGAAGGAAGUGCGGGAGAGAGAAAGGGAAGUUGAGCUGCGAGACAGCGGUAGCAGGUUUCUCUCUGUCACCAUAGGCUUACACGUACUUUGGGAACUAUGAGGUUACCUGACUUGACUGCUUAAACUUGGGUCUCCAUUUAAGAAAGUGUAGACCCAAAUAGAUGUUUCACAUUCUGCAGCUGUGUCGGGAAUGGUUAUCGGCUGGCUAUGGCUAUUUUAUUGUGCCUAUGCAGGCUCAACUACUGUGGCUGUAUUCUUAUUAUUCCUUGGAGCUGUUUUUUUUUUUUUUUGGUGACAGGAGGGUUAAAGAUAAGAAAGAAGUUGUGGAGCCUGAAGCUGACCCUGAGAGGGAUCAGAGAACUGUAUUUGCCUAUCAGAUGCCUUUGAAGGCUAUGGAGAGAGAUGUGUAUGAGUUCUUCUCCAAGGCAGGCAAGGUCAGGGAUGUUAGAUUGAUAAUGGACAGGAACUCAAGGAGAUCAAAAGGAGUUGGGUAUAUCGAGUUUUAUGACGUGAUGUCUGUUCCAAUGGCAAUAGCUCUUUCUGGCCAGCCACUUUUUGGACAACCUGUGAUGGUGAAACCUUCCGAGGCUGAAAAGAAUCUUGUUCAGUCAAAUGCUACAGGUGCAGCUACUGGCCCCUAUGGACCUGUGGACAGGAAACUAUAUGUCGGCAAUUUGCACUUCAACAUGACAGAAAUGCAGCUGAGACAGCUUUUUGAGCCAUUCGGAACUGUGGAGCUUGUUCAGCUGCCCCUUGACCUUGAAACAGGACAGUGCAAAGGAUUUGGGUUUGUUCAAUUUGCUCAAGUUGAAAGUGCAAAGGAAGCACAGACACAUUUAAAUGGGAAGUUGGAGAUUGCUGGUCGGACCUUGAAGGUUUCCUCUGUCACAGAACAUGGAGGGCAGCAAGAUCCUGGGGCUAAGUCUGCUGACUUUGAUGACGAUGAUGGUGGUGGUUUGUCCUUAAAUGCUCAAUCGAGAGCAAUGCUCAUGCAGAAGCUGGAUCGCUCUGGCAUUGCCACAAGUAUCUCUGGCUCCCUUGGGGUGACUAUGCUUAAUGGCUCUGCUCAAAAUUCACAAACCAUGGCCUUGCAAGUGAACGGUCAUCCAGCACUUGGAGGAGCUCUUCCAGUGCAUGUCCUACCUUCUCCAGCCUAUGAAUCUAUUGGAAACCCCAGUGAGUGCUUACUGUUGAAAAACAUGUUUGAUCCUUCCACCGAGACUGAACCAGAUUUUGAUGUGGACAUAAAGGACGAUGUUGAAGAAGAAUGUUCAAAAUAUGGUCUCGUGAAACAUAUAUAUGUUGAGAAGAAUAGUGCAGGGUUUGUGUAUUUACGGUUCGAUACCGUGGAAGCAGCCGCCAGAGCUCAGGCUGCAAUGCAUAUGAGGUGGUUUGCUCGACGAUCAAUCUCGGCAACUUUCAUGCCGCCCCAUGAAUAUGAAGCCAAGUUCCCCAACAGCCACUAGGAGAAUGAAGUGCUCUCUAUCUUCGAUGCUGAAGCAUUGCAAACCCCAGGGGAGAAUUGCUUGCUUAUCGGCCUCGGAUGUACUAUGGAGACUGAUGCUGAGUUUGUACCCUAAUACAAUACUAGUGAUAUAUAGUAGUUUUGUACUGUAGAAAGCGAAUCAAGUUAUCUCUUCCAUUCAGUGCCAUGGUAUUGGUACCGGCGAAGACUGUUGUGCAAGUCAUGUUCUGCUUACCUUGCCUAGCUUGAAUGUCAAAAUUUGGGGCUCUCGUAGUCGUGGAUAGGAUUUUAAAGGUUUUUUUUGGCGGGAGAGCUAUGGGGGUUUUACAUAGCAACGCGAUAAAGAUUCUGAAGUCUAGUCAUUCUUACGAUCUCACGUCUUACUGUUUCCUAAAGACGUUGAGGUAUCUCAAUUUCUUACCCACUGCUGUUCGCGAGGAUUCGUAAUUUUGGGAAUGAAAGUCGCAUAUUUAUAAGUAAAGGUUUAGGAAACCGUACCGGCUGGUUGGACCGAAAAACUCGG